AAGGAAACGCCGAAGAACGUGGGAAAGUGGAGGAGGUUGAUUUUUCACCAGGAUGGCGGGGGGAAAGAAACGAAACUGGGCUCGGUCAACUUAGAAAAAUAUUCAAAACGAUUAAAGCUUAUGCAGCACCGAUUUGGAUAGUUAAUUUUGUUGAAGGAACAAGAUUGACUUCAAGGAAAUUGUUAGAGAGUCAAAAAUUUGCCAGGGAGCGUGGUUUACCAAUAUUACGAAAUUUGCUGUUGCCCCGUACAAAAGGAUUUGUAGCAUGCGUUCGUCAAUUACGAAAUGCCCAUGUGCAAUAUGUCUAUGAUUUUACAAUUGCAUACCGUCAUAUUACUCAAGGAUUUCAAUUUCCACCAAAUCUUCUACAAGUUCAUUCAUAUUCACCUAUCACCCCACCGUGGUCAUUCCAU